CAUGCACUCCUCCGUCACGAGAGCCCGAUCCGCUGUGACGUCACAUUCCAGAGUCAGUGUGGAGGGAGGGGGUCCACCAACAAUCCCAACUUUUAAUGUAUGCAGUCGGGGCCGAGCCGGGCCAGUGUGUCGGUCGGCCGCACUGUUUUCCUCUGCUUUCUCUACAUCCUCCCACUGUAGCGGCGGCAGAACAACGACUCGCUGUUCGCUAGCUAAUCCGCUUUUUGGGUCCCAAAAGGAGAAUCCCGAACCGAUUCCCCGACUCCUGGAAAAAAGCGAGAGGGCUGUAAGCGAGCAAGCAACUACAUGGACUACUACUAGACCGAACAUGAAGAGCCUUAAAGCCAAGUUCAGGAAAACUGAUGUCAACGAGUGGAACAAGAAUGACGAGCGGUUGCUUGCUGCAGUGGAGCACGGUGAGGCGGAGAAAGUGGCAUCCCUUGUCGCCAAGAAAGGGGCCAGUGCAGUGAAGCUGGACAGCGAAGGCAAAUCAGCUCUUCAUGUAGCAGCGUCACGAGGCUACACCGACUGCCUUGCUGUCCUCCUAUCACAUGGCGCUGACCCAACAGUGGCUGAUAGUGCAGGUUUAAAUCCGUUACACUUGGCAGCCAAGAACAAUCAUGCUGAGUGCUGCAAAAGGCUCAUUCAGAGCAAAUGUCCCAUUGACGCAGUUGAUUGCUCAGGAAGGAGCGCUUUGCAUCAUGCUGCUCUUGGUGGGAAGAUCCAGACUGUCCAAUUUCUGUGUGAACUGAAAAGUGCCAUCAACCUUAAAGAUGCCGACGGGCACACGCCUUUGCUCCUGGCAGCCAAACACGGCCAUGCUGAAGUGUGCAUCACUUUGCUGGACUGCGGCGCUGAAAUCAGCACUUCUGACAACAGUGGCAGGACGGCGUUGAUGCUCGCCACACAGUCAAAUGCGGUGGCUGUGGUUGAAGUUCUGGUCCACAGAGGGGCCCUCCUGUCCGCAGUGGAUUUGCACGGGCACGAUGUUCUACACUACGCCAAAUUAUCCACCAACUGUGAGGUCAAGGCAGCACUCACGGCCGCUCUCACCAGGCAGCUGCCAGAUCCCAAGUCCUGUAGAAGUCCUGCGCAUGAUCAAGUAGCUAAGCUAAAUGAUGAACGGAUCACAACUCCCAAAAAACGAAAAGCACCUCCACCUCCUAUUAGCCCACUGCAGCAGAAGUCUGGAACGUCUUCUCCUUCAGUUUCUGGGACCCCCUCAUCAAACAAAAGUGACACUCCAAAGCGGUUCAACUACAAGGAGGAUGAAGUCCAAGAGGACUUGGAGAGGCUAUGCAACAACCAGAGAACCAUGCUGCUGGAGACAAUGGACGACUUGAAGAGCGCCGAUGAACUGGAUCCGAAGGUCGAGCACGGACUUACGGCAUCGGCUGCUUUGGUUUCAGCCCUUCAAGCUAAGAUUACUGCUCUUACUCUGGAAAACCAGCAAUUGGCCAGCAAUUUUAAGAAACAUCCAUCGCUCCAAGCAAACAAGGACGUGAAAGAAACCAGCCGUCCCGACAGCAUGACCUCUAACUCCUCCUUCCAUUCCACACAGGAUGACUUGGAGCUAGCUGCAGCUGUACCUUCCACCGCCCACGCACCGCGGGAGGACGGAAUCGAGGAGGAAGGGAAAAAGGGGAGCCAGGAGGAGAUCCGACUGUUAAGACAGGCGCUUGAGAGCGUCCAGAUGAAGUUGCUGGAAACCAGAAAAGAAAACCGCUCUCUUCAGGCUCUGGUGAAACCUGAGAGGAGCAAAGAAGUGGUCGAGGAGAACGAGGGAAACGUGAGAGGUAAAGGCAAAGAGGAAGAGUUGAUCGAGAGCCUGGCGGAGCUGCAAGCGAAGCUCACGGAUACCCAGGAGAGAUACCACCAAGCCUUGGAGGAGGUGGAUGAGCUGCGAGCGCGGAUGGGAGGCGACUUUGCCGAUCGCCGUCGAGCGUCCGCGCUUGAGCAGGAAGUGAAGCAAUUGAAGACGCAGCUUGUGCAGACGGGCUGCGAGCACGAGAACGCCGUUCAAAGAUUGAGAGAGCUGGAGGCGGCGAUGAGGGAGGCUGAGGAGGAGAAACUGAAAGAGAAAGAAAGAGAGGAGAGGACGGCAAAAAUGGAGGAGCUGUAUAAGGAGGCGCAGGAGGAGAUUAGGAUUCUUCAGGAGGCUCUGAGGGGGACAGUUCCGGUGGAGGCCGCAGCCAAAGAUUUUGAGGAAAUGAAGUCUGAGCUCAACGAAGUCAUAUGCGGACUACAGCGCCGACUGCUGGAAUUGUCGCACUCCUACAGCGAAACCCGGGCUCAGCUGGGCGCCGCGCAGAAGGAGCUGUCCGACAGCAGCCGGGCGCCAUCCCCGCCUUCGGAGGAGUUGCAGCAGGAGAUGCAGAACCGGCUGGAGGAGAUGCAAACGCUGCACGCCGAAAUGGAGAAGAAGUACUCGGCAGCUCUGGAGGAGAUCUCGCAACUGAGGAAGGAAGCGGAAGUGCAGGCGCAAAGCACUGUGGACCUCGCUGACCACACUCAAGUGAUGUCGUCUUUAGGAAACGCCAUCAAAGAGCUGGAAAGCCAAUCGGAAGCACUAAAAGAGCAGCUCCGCCAAAAGACAUUGCUACUGGAUGAUCUUCAGAACAGGCUAACAGCGGAGAAAGACACCACCUCAGAGGAUUACGUCUCUGCCGAGGAGCACACUAAAAUGCGAGAUCAGCUGGAGGGCGAGGUGAACCACCUCACGCAGCUCCUCCAGGAGGCUCUCAGGAAGCAGGACGAGAUGGCUUUGGAGGCAGCCGAUGCCUGGCAGAAGGCACGGGACAAUCGAGCAGAGCGGGAGACCAUGCAGGAAGUUCUGACGUCAACAGAGAAAGACAACCAGAACCUGACCUCCAGGUUGGCCGAGUCCCAGGACGCUGUGUGUCAGCUCAAGCAGCUCGUUGAGAACCACGUGGCCUCUGAGCGAGAGAAGAACAAGCGGAUAGACGACCUGUCCCGGGAAGUGGCCAAGCUAAAGGACGCCUUAAACAGCCUAUCACAGCUCUCCUACGGCUCAGGAUCCCCCUCCAAGAGACAGCAGCAGAACCAGCAGCUGGAGACCAUGCAGCAGCAAGUCAAACAACUGCAGUACCAACUUGCCGAGUCCAAAAAGCAACACAAUGAGAUCGUGUCGGUCUACAGGAUGCACCUUCUCUACGCCGUUCAGGGUCAGAUGGACGAAGACGUGCAGAAAGCCUUGAAGCAGAUCUUGAUGAUGUGCAAGGUGCCAAGUCAAACCAAGGAGGCCUGCUGAGAUGCUCCAAAGCCAACAAACCCAAAACAAACACUGAAGUCAACUGCUGCUGCCAAUGUCAUGCGGGGGCUGCAACACUGCGUGCCUCUGGACUUAAAUGGUCUUUGCAUAGUCAAGUCAUUGGAAACCCUGAAACCCAACAUUCAUUAACAUCAAUCAACUUCAAAUCAGGCAUUGCUGCACAAAUGUGGUGACCGUGAUCCAGUUCUGUUACAUUUUGU